CCACGGAAUGGAGACGUGGAACAUGUCAGGUUCCGACGCUACCCGUACUUUGUGACCCAGAUUCCUCCGAGUGGCUCGGGGGUGGUGACACGAGACGAAGACUCCGAGAGUUCGUACUACAAUACCAUGAUCCCAUUCUCGGUUCUCGGUACCGGCGACAAGGAGGGAGUGGAACGGAGUGGGGACACGAGAGGGCUGACUGAUGUGGACACUGAGAGUGGAGUUGGAAUGGAAUCCCAGGUGUCAGAGAGGAGUACAACGGGUCAGUGUUCGAUGGAAUGUGGCCAUCAGGGAGGGACGACUGUGAUAUCCACGGUGGGGAAGACAGAGAAGGGAGGGAGAGGGAGGAGAGGGAAGAAGAAAUGGAGCGGAGUUGUCGAGAGGGAGAGUAUCUGUGAAGAUGGC